GUUCGCCGCAUUGAAUCGGUCGGUAUUUCAGAACGCGGGACACAGUGUCCAAUGUAACGACGCGUCUAUACCAUCAUUAGUCAAUGAUUUUAUCGAGAGCAGAAGGCACUAAAGACUUUGUAUUUGACCAUUGAUUGGACUUUGUCUCCGAAAUACGAAUCGGCUCGUUUCAUGACGUUUGACGUGCUCAUAAGUGGAAUGUUGAUCCAUGUCCGAUAUAAGAAACAAAUAUAUAAGUACACGCAACGGCCAUUCGCAAGCAGUGACUUUACACAAUUGGCACGUGGAUUUCUCGUUUACCUGCAGUUUUUGCGAAAACCAUCGUUUUUCUGAAAUUGUUUCUUCUCUGUCAGUGUCAACACGUCGUUUGAUAAGUAAAGAGUAAUUACUGAUAUUAUAACAUGACAAAAAAUUCAAUGAAAAACACUUCAGUGCAAUUCAAGCGAGUUUCAUUCCAAUAAACUUUCGAGAUCAAAUUAUUUGGAAAGAUGGGUGGCGGCGAAUGCAGUAGGAGCAUUUUCAGUUAUGAAACGCUAGUUCACGCAAUAUCAGGUGCUACCGGUGGCGUCAUUGCUAUGGCAACGUUCUUCCCUUUAGACACAGUACGGAGCAGAUUACAAUGUAAGUGUAUUAAAAAGUUAAAAAGUCUUCGACCUACUUGCUCUGAUAAGCAAAUAAAAAAGUGCUUCAUAAAGAUUGCAACGGUGUACGCUAGCUGGAAUAGCCACUUUGUACAGAGGAAUGGUACCUGUUCUUCAGAGUCUGUGUGCCAGCAAUUUCGUUUACUUCUACACGUUUCAUGGCUUAAAGAUGCUCAAAACAAAUAAAAAUCAAUCAGCUGGAAAUGAUCUGCUGGUUGCGUCGAUAGCAGGCGUGAUUAAUGUCUUGACAACGACACCACUGUGGGUAGUAAAUACCAGAUUAAAAAUGAAAGGUGUUGGCCACGUUCAGGAAAGGAAUAACAAUGAUUACAAUACAUUAUACGAUGGUCUUAUAUACAUAUGGAAAUUCGAAGGUCUAAAGAAGCUUUGGGCGGGUACUUUGCCAAGUUUGAUGCUAGUUAUGAAUCCAGCCAUUCAAUUUAUGACUUACGAGACUAUUAAGAGAAGAGUUCUCGCGUCAUUGAAUGGUUUGCAACCACCUGCAUGGAUGUUCUUUGUUAUUGGUGCCGUAGCCAAAGCGGUAGCAACCGUAUUAACUUAUCCAUUGCAAUUAGUUCAAACGAAACUGAGAAAAACAAGGACUAUCAGGACUGUACAAAGGGAUGGAAGCAAAACUAUUGCAAACAAUUCUUACAGCGGCGUUAAUGUUUUUAGCUUACGAAAAAAUUUCAACGCUCGUUUUCCGUAUUCUUUUGUAUAAACCAAUGUUAAGAUAAUGUGUAUAAAACAAUAAGUUAGCCAAGGAUGUCAGUCCUAUUGCAAAGUCAUCUUUUAUUGUAAUAGAAUAAUGUUAUAAAAUAUGUGUAACUUACAUUGUAAAGAGAAAUAUUAAGAAUACAUGUUUAUUUAAUAUGAUCUGCAUAGCAAAUAAAAAUGAAAAGGAAAGAAAUAUUUAUUCAUUUGCAAUUGCGACCUGCAAGUUAGUAUUGAAACGUGCAAAUCAUGCAAAAUUCUUUUGUUUAACCACAAGCGCCAAACCAUCUGACAGAAAAGUAUCUAUCACGUUUCUAUGUAUUUUUUUGGAAAAUGUGAACUCAACUACUGGGAAUACUGGCGAAUCUCAAGAAAACGCACUUUCGCUUUCAGUCGCAUUUUCGUCAUCGUCAAUCUAGUCACUCCACGCG